AUGGACGUGGACAAUGAUGUCGGGUUCAGGCAUCAGACUAAGGUUGUUUAUUGUUUCGUUGCGAUUUAUCUGGGUCACUCACGAACCGCCCAAAACCUUUAUAAUACCAUAUCAGUUGCCGACACAGUGACGAAUGAAGCGCGUGAGGCCAAACAGAAAGCACCUAACACAGCAAUUAUGACACGUGUACGGUUUAUGUUGCACAAAGGCAUUGCUAACCGAGAGUGGGGCCCACGUCCAAGUGGGAUUGGAAAUUUGAAUGUCGGAAACAAGUCAAGCAGAGUGACGGAGACGAUGAGAAUUAGAUUUGUGUAUAUCUUAAAAUGUCUCCUGAUUGGGCCUGGCAGAACUGAGUCGACACGGUGGACUCGGCUCCGACUCAACAAAAUAAAUAUCCUAGGGGUGCGUGCCUCUCCCACCAGAUAUUUCUUAACUGACCCAAAUGCUGCCCGCUACCUCCCAGCCACUAGUGUGCCACGUGUCUGA